AAACUUCAUCAAUGAUCAUGCCUGUUUCAAAAGAAAAUUGUAAUGGCCAUCCUUGGAUAUAGGCAUAUGUGUUACAUUCAUCUGUGGGCAGGUUGAUGUUUGUUCCAUUGGUGCUGUGUUAGAAAAGCAUGCCGGGGAUGAGAAGCUAGUGGAUUGCUACUAAUUAACAGAAUCCAAACAGGUAUUUGAUUGCUCUCUCUUUUUACUGGGGCAAAAUUCCUAUCAAAAUAGCUUUGUUUAAAUAUGUAUUCUGAUCUUCAGUCACUUUUUAUAGCAGAGUGGAAUUUCUUAUGAUGUGCAAAUGAUGUGCGAAAAAAUAGUUCUUAUGAGCUUGUUCCUUUCUAAAUAAGCAUUUUUAUAUUGGUGAAGACACAACAUAUAUCAGGCAUAUGAGUUGAUGUAAUAAUCAUAAACAAAGGGCAAAAUGGUGCCAUAUUGUUACAGUAUCAUUUUUAGUUCUUACCCUUCCAAAAGUAGCUGAGGUAUAUAUAUUCUAACUAGCAUGUCAUUUUCCUAUUGUCUUCUUUAAACUGAAUUUUGUCUAACUAAUUUUGAUCUGAUACAUCUGUCAAGCAAGCCGAAGUUUAUCUUCUUGACACCAUGCAUUUUGAGGAUGCAUCUGGACUAAAGUGGAAAAGGAAAUGCUAGCUCUGGGCAGCAGAUUACAAGUAUUUACUUCGUAAAGCUGGUGCCUUCGAGUAGAAGUAUGGUGCCUCUACUUUCAGUGGAGGAAGUGGAGAAAAGGGAUUCAGGGAUCUAGUUUGGCACACCAUGUUUGAGAAGGAUAAGAGAAAACCUAUUUAGGGUAUUGACUCCUCAGAUGUUGUUCUCCAGGUUUUGGAUGCUACAUUUUAGGGACCCACAAGGUACAAGAUGCCUUCAUCUAGAGAAGCAUUUGAAAGAAAACUGCAAGCAUAAACACAUGAUUCUUUUGUUAAACAAGUUCAGUCUCAUUUUCUAGCUGUAUUUAUAAGGCUGCGACAACUUGUGAACACUUGUAGUUCCCCCUUUUCGCUGUGAGAUUGUUUACGCUUGGGCUACAAAGGGAUGGCUUAGAAUAUUAUGAAAGCAUUUCAUGCUUGCAUCAAUAGGUCUUUUUGCAAGGUAAGUAAUACAUUUCACUCUCUCUCUCUCUCUCACACACACACACACGCACACAAAUGCUGGAGAAGCUCCCCUUCUUUCAGUUUAAGGCAAAUGUUGAAGGAAAACCUUAAUCUACCUAGAAAAAUAUUCCAUGCAAAGUACUUUGUAUAUUUUCUGCAUUUUUAGCUACUAACUUGUAUUGACUCAGCAUUAUCAUUUGUCUUUUCUUUUCUCGUUGCACACGAGGUUCUCUGUUGUCAACUUUGACACAAUUUGCCUUCAUAACAAGUGACGAGCAAGCAAUAUUUGUGGGAUUUGUUAUCCUAAUGAUGGAAAGUCUUCUGUUAUUAACAUAGGUCCUAAAAAUGUGCUGCCUCUUUAUGGCUUCUUCUGUUGCAUUAUUCAUGAAAAUUUGUGUUUCUAUGCCCUUGAAUGUUUGAAGGGAUAAAUGUGCCCAUCACUAUGUUCCAAACUCUAUCAAUGUUUAUUAACUCUUAUCUAAAAUCUGAUUUCUCUGGAUGCCUUUAAGUAUAGCACCAUAUCUGUUUGUCAACAUUGUAGCCAAAUGAAUAUCUUGCAACUGUUUGAUUUUUUAACUUCUGUUAUAUUUUAGGCAUCUAUCUAUCUACUUCGUUUAUGAAGUCAGUGGUUCAGCUAAUAUAAUUGUUUGCUUUUCUAAAAGGUUUGCAAAGUUGCUGGAUUCUUGGGUAGACUAAGUUGUGGCAGUACAUAACACUCACAAAAAUGAUCUCCAUUGACUACCCUGGAGUUGUUUACCAGAACAGUGACUCUGAAACAAAUAUUGUACUAAAGGGUAUGCCAUGUUCGAUCAGCUAAUUGCCUGCACUUUCUUCUGCCCUUCACAAUAGUUAGGC